AUGGCAUCACAAAGUCCCCUCAAGAAGAUUCUUUUACUCACUAAUGUGGAACGUGGUGAGGCGAACGUCUUCUUAGCAACUUGUGAUGCUUUGUUGCGACUUUCCCCGAAUCUUGAGCUUCAUCUCGCGACUUUUGGUGGCCUGGAGGAUGCUGUCGCGUCCGUUGGCCAACAUGUCCGUGAAUCUGUCCCUCAAGCAAAACCAAUAACCUUCCAUAAAAUCAAUGGAACAUCAAUGGAGGAUAGCCUGAGACAAUACUUUGUUCGAGAGAAAGUUCCCACUCGAGCCGGCUAUCCCCCAAACUCGUAUCUCGAGAGACCAGGGAUCUUGAACACUGUCAGGGCGGUCCGCGACACAAUCCCAGUAUUUGUGCCGUAUAAUGGUCCACAGAUGGUGGAGAUAUUCACGUCAAUCUGUGAUACCAUAAAGAAGGUCGAUGCUGAUCUCGUGGUCGUGGAUAGUCUUAUGACUGCUGGGUUGACGGCAUGUUACCAUCUUAAGAUCAAAUUCACAUGCUUGAGUCCCAACUCCAUCAAAGACUUCGCAGCAUCAGUCCAACCAAAAGCUGCGGGGCUGUGGAAAGUUCCUGCAUUAUUCUCUGGGUAUAAAUUUCCAGUGCCCUGGUACAGAUGGCCUCUCAAUGUAUACUUCAAUCUAAACGCCGUAUUUGCUUGGGGUCGAGAUCGCAACAGAAAGGAAACCGAGAAACAUCUUACCGCGAAAACUGGCGCAAGUCUGAGAACUCCCAUGGACUUGAUCAUGAAUCGACCUGAAGAUUUAAAAAUCCUAGUCAGCUCGCUUCCAGAGCUUGACUUCCCACUUCUCAUGCCUGACUACAUUCUUCCCUGUGGGCCGAUUCUUCGGGAUGCUUCGCCAAUACAGGAAUCAGACCCCGCACUCGAAAAAUGGUUGUCCAAAGGUCCAACAAUCUAUCUGAAUCUCGGGUCCAUUUGCCCCAUCACUGAAGAUCAGGCUCUCGAGCUGGCUUUGGCUCUCAAGGUUGUGCUUGACACACUGCGAGUCCAGCCAAAGGCUCAAAACUUCCAAGUGCUGUGGAAGUUGAAGAAACUGGGUAACUACCCGGUAUCAGAGCCGGCCUCACCAAUCGGAAAGGUCCUGGGUCAAUAUAUCAAACUCGACUCAGUGAGAAUCGUGGACUGGAUUCAAGUUGAGCCAAUUGCAAUCCUUCAAUCUGGACAUGCUGUGUGUUCGAUACACCAUGGCGGUGCAAAUUCCUUUAACGAAGCUGUGAGGGCUGGUGUGCCUCAAGUUAUUCUGCCACAAUGGAUCGACUGUUACGACUACGCAGAGCGUGUCGAGAUGCUGGGCAUCGGUCGAGUGGGCAACAGGAAAGCAAAGCCACAGUGGACUGCCCGCGAACUUUCGAAAGAGCUUCUACGUGUACUUCAAGGCGAGAGCGCACUUUUCAUGCGACAAAGAGCAAACGAUCUGGCUACCCUAUGCGACAAAAAUGGCAUUGGUGCAAUGGUGGCCGCCCAAACGCUUCUAGGCGAAUGUCCCGAGAAAUUGAUUUGA